GGACGCCAUUUGCCUCAGCCUUUCGCUUCUGGCUGGCUUUUAGGUGCCGAGAGCUGGCCUGCGUGGUUACUAGGGCAUUUCGUGGGGACUGAGCAGGAAAGGGGGAUGGGACUUCCUUUCGUGCCUUGGAACGGGCCGUGACUCCCUAAACGGGAGUGUGCACUGGUCGCCCGCCGGGCCAUGGCCUCUCCGGGCCUUCAGCACCCGCCCUUCGUCCCCGCAGUUCCCGAGGGCGGCGCCAGGUCUGGUGCGCCUUUUUCUCGGAGAGCGGCUGUCAGCCGAGGUCGCCCGGCCAAGGCGGGGCGGAGGCGAGGAGCAACAGGCUGCCCGGUGCUCGCCUCUCCCAGCGUAGCUGGAACGCAGGGCCCCAUCAUGGCGGCGGCGCCGACCCACAAGACACAGGUGUCUGUGACUUUCGAUGAUGUGGCCGUGACUUUUACCCAGGAGGAGUGGAGGCAGCUGGACCCAGCUCAGAGGACCCUGUACCAGGAGGUGAUGCUGGAAAACUGCAGGCUCUUGGUGUCUCUGGGGUGUCCUGUUCCCAGACUUGAGCUGAUCUUCCAACUGGAGCAGGGGCAGAAGCUGUGGACUGUGAAGAAGGACCUCUCCCGAAGCACCUGUCCAGGCAAAAGAUGCAGAGUAGAAGAGGGGCCGGAGGUGUUCCAGACACGAAGCUUCCGUGUCUUCGGCGUCUCGUUACCUCCUGGAAUCGAUAUCUGGCAGUAUGUGCACGGAGUGUUGCCACCCCAGGAAACUCACCAGAGCCUCGUUGACAAAGGAAAACCCAAGACCACAGAACCUACCACUUGUGAGCCAACCCUAUAUGAGGGAGCCUCUAUCCAGGAACUAAUACAAGGAGGCCCAGGGGACUCCCAGUUCGGACAAACCAAGGAUCAGGAUGGGCUGUUGGAAAUGCAGGAAGGACACUUGGGACCAGGGAUGGACCCCCAGAGGGAGAAGCUUCCUGAGAAAAUGAGUCCUGAACAUGGCAGCUUAGGGACAGCUGGUGGUGUGUGUUCAAGGAUUGUAGAGGAGCUGGUCCCUGCAGGAGGUGCUGUCCAUGACCAUGACUCAUGUGGAUCUGGUAAUGACCACAUGAUUCAGGAAGAGGAAAGUAUCUUUAAAUGCAGUGAAUGUGGGAAAGUUUUUAACAAGAAACACCUUCUUGCUGGACAUGAAAAGAUUCACUCUGGUGUGAAGCCCUAUGAAUGCACAGAGUGUGGGAAAACCUUUAUUAAGAGCACACACCUCCUCCAGCACCACAUGAUCCACACCGGGGAGAGGCCCUAUGAGUGCACAGAGUGCGGGAAGGCCUUCAACCGCAGGUCCUACCUUACACAACACCAGCGGAUUCACACUGGAGAGAAGCCUUACAAGUGCAAUGAAUGUGGAAAGGCCUUCACCCACCGCUCCAACUUUGUCUUACAUAAGAGAAGACACACCGGGGAAAAACCCUUUGUGUGCAAAGAAUGUGGGCAAGUCUUCCGACAUAGGCCAGGAUUCCUUCGACAUCACAUCAUUCACAGUGGUGAGAAUCCGUAUGAGUGCUUUGAAUGUGGCAAGGUCUUUAAACACAAGUCAUACCUCGUGUGGCACCAGCAGACUCACACUGGGGAGAAGCCCUACGAGUGCAGUGAAUGCGGUAAAGCCUUCUGUGAGAGCGCAGCCCUCAUUCACCACUAUGUCAUCCACACUGGGGAGAAACCCUUUGAAUGCCUCGAGUGUGGGAAGGCCUUCAACCACAGAUCAUACCUCAAGAGGCACCAGCGGAUUCACACUGGGGAGAAGCCUUUUGUGUGCACUGAAUGUGGAAGGGCCUUCACCCACUGCUCCACUUUUAUCUUGCAUAAACGGGCCCACACUGGAGAGAAACCUUUUGAGUGCAAAGAAUGUGGGAAAGCCUUUAGCACUAGGAAAGACCUCAUUCGGCACUUCAGCAUCCACACUGGGGAGAAGCCCUUUGAGUGCACGGAGUGUGGGAAGGCCUUCAACCGCAGGUCAGGCCUCACCAGGCACCAGCGGAUUCACAGUGGAGAGAAGCCCUAUGAAUGCAUGGAGUGUGGGAAGUCCUUUUGCUGGAGCACAAACCUCAUUCGACAUGCCAUCAUCCACACGGGAGAGAAGCCUUAUAAGUGCAGUGAAUGUGGAAAGGCCUUCAGUCGUAGCUCAUCCCUCACUCAGCAUCAAAGGAUUCAUACUGGGAGAAACCCUGUCAGUGUGACAGAUGUAGGAAGAACCUUCACCAGUGGGCAAACCUCAGUCACCCUCCGAGAACUCCUGUUGGGGAAAGAGUUUUUGAAUGUAAACACCGAGGAAAAUCUUUUGCAGGAGAAAACACCUACCAUGACAUCUGAUCGUACAUACCAAAGAGAAACCCCACAAGUAUCUUCUCUGUGAGAAAACCUGUCACGGAUCAUCAGUAGUUGUGUAAAGACGCAUUGUAGGAAUUGACCCAGCCUAGAGCCUUACUCUACAUCUGAGAGUUCAUCUGUGAGGGAGAGACCAGUGUUUAUUGUGCACUAAGGAAAACUUUAGCUACGUUUUUCCCUUAGUUUACACUGUAGUGUUAUCUCAGGAAUUUUUAUAAAACGAAGGUGGAAACUUAGAUGAAAAAAUGAAAUGCAAACAUAGUUUGAGACUUCUCUGUCAAGGUUAUGGCACUUUGUCAUGGAUCCCUUAGUUUACUUGGGGUGAGGGGAAUGUUAUUUCACAGGCAAAGGGCCUUGACCCUUUAUGUGUCUUAUAUAUACAUUCGUUGCUGUCCAGUAUUGGGAGAGUUAGACACUUGAAGCCAGGUAUUUAAGUAGAUAAAGAUACACAUAUGACACACAGGCACGUUUUAUUGCACCAGUUAAGACUGUUUCAGGCUUUGGUUUUUUUAAAAAACAAACGGUUCUUUUGGUGGUUUUAAACACCAAACAUUCAGACUUUUUAUUGAUUCAAUCUGUUCUUUAAUUUCUGUAGCUAUACGGUAAAUCUUAAAAUUGGGUAAAGUGAAUACUUUUAUUAUUUAAAUUAACUCCGCUUUCUAGUUCCUUGGACUUGCCAUAUAAAUCUUAGGAUGCAAAAAAACCUUGCUCAUGUGUUUAUAGAAAUUGAUUUAAACCUGUAGAGCAGUUUGUUUAAAAGCAGCACCAUGAACACAGUACAUGGUAUGGUGUUUCAUGUAUCUAAGUAAUUCUUGAUAUUUCAUUACCAUUUUGUAAUAUUGAACAAUACAGGUUCUGUACAUUUUUUUUAGGGUUUAUGUCUAGGUUGUUGGGGUGUUUUUUUUUUUAGUGACUUGUAAAUGGCUUUUUUUUUUUUUUGGCCUCGAGGCUUGUGGGAUCUUAGUUCUCCCACCAGGGAUAAAACCCAGGCCCCCUACAGUGAAAGCGAGGAGUCCUAACCACUGGACUGCCAGGGAAUUCCCUAUUGGCAUUGUUUUAAACUUUCAUUUCCACAUAAUCUUUAGUAGCAUACAGAAAGAUAAUUGUUCUGGGGGUGAUAUUUUAGUAUCUUGCAGCCUUGGCUGAACUCAGUUAUUUCUAGCCAUUUCUUUGGAUAGAAUCCUUGGUAUUUUCUGCAUAGAAAUGUCAACUGCAAAUAGUUUUCUUUCUUCCUAUUUGUAUACGUAUUAUUUCUUUUUCUUAUGCACUUAGCUAGGACUCUCAGUAUGAUGUUGAGUAAGAGUAGUAAGAGAGGACAUCCUUGACUGGUUUCUGAUAUUAGGGGGAAAAUGGUCAGUUUUUCAUCAAGUACAAUGUUAGUUGUAAGGUUGUUUUUUUUCCAUAGAGUUUUCCUGUCAAGUCUAGAAAGUUUCCCUCUGUUAAUUUGCUGAGAUUUUUGUUGUCAUGAAUGAAUGUUGGAUUUUGGCAGAUACUUUAGCUCCAUCAGUUAAUGUGAUCAUCUGGUUUUUAUUCUUUAGCCUGUUGAUAUAGUGUAUUACAUUGAGUUUUGAAUAUUAAACCAACCUUGCAUCCUUGGAAUAAACCUCACUUGGUUGUGGAGUAUAAAUUUUUUAAUAUAUAUUAAAGCAUUCCAUUUGAUUAUAUUUUUUUGAGCAGGUUUUCCUAUAAUCUCUUGAUUGAUGAUACGUAGUUGUCAUUCUUUGCUUGUUUUUAACUACUGUCAUUGUCUGGUUUUGGUGUCAAGGUGAUAGUGGCUUCCCAAGUUCUGUUUUUUAGGAAGACUAUGUAAUUGUUUUUAAUUGUUGUUUUAAUGUUUCAUAACAUCCUCCAGUGAACCAUUUGAGCCUGGAGAUUUUCUGGAUACUUUUUAGUUACAUAUUAUUUGAUAAGUAUGGAACUAUUCAGAGUAUCUGUUUUCAUAUUGGAUAAAUUGGAUAGUUGGUCCUCUUCAAGGAAAUGUUUCAUUUCAUCUAACUUUUCUUAUUUGGAGACUUGUUGGGAGUAUUCCCUUAUUAUCUUUUUAAUGGCAACAGGGUCUGUACUUACAUCGCAUUUUAUUCCUGGUUUUGGAAAUAUGUCACCUCUCUUUUUAAUCAUUGUCAGUCUUAGACAUAUACCAAUUUUACUGAUCAUUUUGAAGAACCAGCACUUUAUUUUAUUGAUUUUUCUCUAUUGCCUUUCUGGGUGUUUUUUUUUUUGUUUUAUUUUGUUUUUUUUUUUUAUCACACCACGCAGCAUGUGGGAUCUUAGUUCCCCACAGGGAUCGAACCUAUGCCCCCUGCAUUGAGAGCACAGAGUCUUAACCACUGGCACGCCAGGGAAGUCCCUUUACCUUUCUGUCCUUAAUUUCACUGAUUUCUGUUCAGGUCUUUAUGAUAUCAUAUCUUCUACUUUGCUUUGGUUGUAUUUUGCUCUUUUUAUUUUUUGAGGGAUGCUAAGAUUACUGAUUUGAAACUUUUUUUUUUCUUUUCUAAUGGAUCAUUAAGUAUUAUAAAGUUCCUUCAGCACUGUUCCAGCCUUAUCCCACAAGUUUUCAUUACAAUUUAUUCAGUUCUAAAUAUCCCUUGAUUCCCUUAGAGACUUCCUCUGACACCCAUGUAUUAUUCAGAAGUAUAUUGUUUCAUUUCCUACUGUUUGGAGCAUUUUCUGGUAUCUUUUGUUACUGAUUUAUUACUUGUUUCAUGUUUGGUUUGUUUAAAUUUGUUGAAGUUUGUUUUAUGACCCAGGGUGUGGUAUAUCUUGUUCUGUAAGGCUUCUCGAAACGAAUGUGUAUUCUGCUGUUACUGGGUGAAGUUUCUAUAAAUGUCUGCACAAUCCUCUUGGUUGGGGUUAUUGCUCAGAUUUUUUACAUCCUUGCUGACUUUCUGUGUAGUAUUUCUGUCCGUUGCAGAGAGAGGGAUGAUGAAGUCCUGAAGUAUAAUUGAGAAAUUGUCUGUUCCUUACAAGUUCUGUAAGUUUCUGCUUCAUGUAUUUCAAAGUUCUGUUGUUUGGUGCAUACGCAUAUAGGAUUGCUAUGUCAUCUUGGUGUAUUGACCCUUUAAUCAUAAUAAAGGGGUUCAUUUUCUUGCCUUUGAAGCAUACUUUAUCUGAUAUUAGUAUAGUCACUACUGCAUUUUUAUUUUAUUUUUUUUGUGGUACGUGAGCUUCUCACUGUUGUGGCCUCUCCUGUUGCAGAGCACGGGCUCCAGACGGGCAGGCUCAGCAGCCAUGGCUCACGGGCCCAGCCGCUUCGCGGCAUGUGGGAUCUUCCCGGACCGGGGCAUGAACCCGUGUCCCCUGCAUCGGCAGGCGGACUCUCAACCACUGUGCCACCAGGGAAGCCCACUACUGCAUUUUUUUAUUAAUGUUUGUAGUCUAUAUUUUUCCAUAAUUUUAUUUUUAACAUCUACAUCAUUAUAUUUGAAGUAAGUUUCUUGUGACAGCAUGUAGUUGGGGUCAUACUUUUUUUUUUAAUCCAUUAUGCCACUUUUAAUUCGUAGGUUUAGAUCAUCUAAAUUUAAAAUAAUUAUUGAUAUGUUAGAGCUUAACUGUACCAUUUUAUUAAUCUUUUUUUUGUGUGUGUUCCCUUUGUAUUAUUUCUCUUGUUUUCCAGUUUUUAUUAUUUGGGUUCCCCCACCCCAUUUCCUGUGGGUUAUUUUAAUAUUUUUUAGAAUUCCAUUUGAUACGUCUGUCAUGUUUUUGAGUAUAUAUCUUAAUUUUCUUUACGUAUUGUAUUAUGUAUACAUAACUUAUCACAGACUGUACCAGCAUUUUAGCACUUUGAUGUAUAGAAACCUUGAUUCCAUUAGGUUCACCUACAUUCCCUAUUCUUAAUAUAAUUGUAUUUUCUCGUUGUAUACUGAGAACUAUAUUGGAUAUUGUAAUUUUUGCCUCAACUUAGUUUUUUAUUCCCCCCCCCCCACAAAAUUCGUGAGAAGCAUAGUCUGUUUACCUCUACUUUUACCAUUCCAUUGUUGUUUCUCCAUUCUUGAAGUCCCAAGUCUUCUGUUAACAUUUCCAUUCUGUUUGGCAAAUUUCCUGUGGCCUUUUUUCUAGGGUAUGUCUGCUGUUAACAAAUGUUUUUUCUUUUUUCAUCUAAAAAUGUCUUUAUGUUCACUGCAUUCCUGAAGGAUAUUUUUGUGCGACAUAAGACUUGGGGUCCACAGUUCUUCUAGGACAAAAGAAAACAUGUCUGUUUUUUCUUCUGUCCAUCUCCUUUUGUCCAGCAUGGUUUCAGAUGAGAAACCUGCCUUUCAACCCAUUGUUCCUCUAUUUGAAAGGCAUCCUUUCCGUCAGGUGCUUUCAAAGUGUUUUUUAUUAUAAUAUUCAGUUUAUGAUGUGUCCUGGCAUAGCAUUUUUAGGGUUUAUCCUGUUUGGUGUUUUCUCAGCUUUUUGAAUCAUGUGGUGUAUGCUCUUUGCCAAAUUUGGGAGAUUUUUAGUUAUUUUUCAAAUAUUUUUUCAACCCCACACUUUUUCUCCUCUCAGGGACUCCAGUAACGUGAAUGAUAAUUCUCACAUUCUUGUUCCAUAGGACCUCAGGCUCCCAUCUUUUUGUUUCCACCAGUCUGUUUUUCUCUGUUCCGCACAUUGAUUAACUUUCAUUGAUCUCCCUUUGAGCUCACUGGUUUCUUUCUGUCUCGUAUAUAAUCUACUAUUGAGCUCACCCAGUGAGUUUUCAUUUUGGUUUUUGAAUUUUCCAGUUGUUUGAUUUCCAUUUGGUUCUUUUAUACAUCUUCUGUAUUUUUGCCUAGCUUAUAAUGCCAAAGAAGGACUCUGAGAAAACAGGCAAAACUGUAUAGUCCAAGGUCAUGGUUCUCUGGUGGUUUAUCUUGAUGUUGGGAUAGAAAUCCUAGAUUAACUGGAGAAAUGAAAAGCCUGGUAUCCACAAGAAUUUCUGAGAAAAGAUCUUACAACUGAGACCUAUAGAUUGUUCAGAGUUGUGUUUAAGGUGCCUGGAUUCUCCGUGAAUCCUACUGUCUUCUGCUUGUUGCCCAAGCCAGACACACUUUGCAGCCAUUUUUUCAUCAUCACCCACAUCCAGCCACUGUCCCAUUCUGUUCUUUUUUUCCUAGUAGACACUCAGUAUAUGUGUGUUCUAGUGAAUGGCUACAUGCAGCAGGGGAUUUAUAUUAUAAUGUUUGGCUCCCUCACAGUGUUUACACAAAGCUGUGUAUAUAGUUGGCACCGUAUAGAACAUACGUUGACCUUGAAGAAAAUCUACACAAGCUUUUAUGGCCAGAUCAUAGUCAUAAUGAAUGAUUGUUUUGGGUCAUCAAAGACCACCCUCAGUUGCAGUAAUUUGCUGAUUCACAGUACUCUGCGUAUUUUUACAGUCAACAGCUGUGCUUUAUUACACCAAAACGGUGCAAAGCAAACUCAGCCAAGGGAAAAGGCACAAGGACUGAAGUCCAGAGGAAACCAGGGACAAUCUGCAGUGGUCCUGUCUCAGGGAAGUCACACAGGACGGGCCUAAUUUAAGCUCCAUCAAGGAGUUAACAGCAAUAGAUUGAAAUGUCUACUGGGGAAGCUAAUUAGAGACCCAGUGCCCGGGGUUUCUUGGGGACACUCUAGCACAUACCAAAUUCUAGACCUCUAGAAGGAUAGAUAGAUCUUUGGCAUUAAGCCACACAGUUAAACAAAAAACUUGGGCACACUGAGCCACUCGUCAUUUGUGGGAAUGAUGGGAAAUCUCCCAAAAUCUAAGGUCCCAAACCCCAGCCCUUGCAGAGGUGAACCUUGCAAGCUCAAGAGAAUAGCAGUCUCAGGCCUGCUGUGUUACGUCUUCAUAGUGACUUAAAUGGUACUAAGAUGCCGAUUAAUUCAGACUUCUGUAACAAACAUUAAGCAAAUACAGUUUCCUACAACAAAAAGUGAGUCAUAACUCUGAGGUGAAAUUGUUGUUAAAAAAAAAAUCAGUAAGCCAAAGUAGAACUUAACAAACUAGCCAGGAUUUAAUUUAGUGAUGACAAAGUACAGAGGCAGUCUGGUGACAAAGUUCCUUAUCUCUUCCCAAUAUUAAUAUAUGUAUGUAUAUGUAUGUGUAUGUAUGUACACCACUUGAGGCCAUAUAUAUGUAUAUAAAUGUGUAUAGACCUAAUAUAUAUGUAUUUCUGUGUGUGUAUAUAUAUACAGAUACAUGGCUUCAAGUGGUCUGACUUGCAAAUACACCCACUGCUUGCUUACCCUUAUCUAUAAAGAUGUAAAUGCCAGAUCAAUGCUGUGUGUUCCUAUAGCACGUAAGUCAACAAUUUCUUGUCUCUUUGUUCCUGCUAUUGAUGCUGUUUGCCUCUGUCUUCAACAAAGAGAGAAAUAAGGAACAUGUGCAUCAUUCAGUGCACCUGACAAGAUUUAAUUAAAAGACUUCGUUUCAGGCUUAGUCGCCUUCAUGAUCUAUGUGUGAGUUUCACUUGGAGAGAGUGGGAGCUGGUGGCUCCAGCGGGGAGGGCCCUUGCUGGAGACAUGGUGCUGGACCGCUACAGGAAUCUGGUCUCUGGGAGUAUGUGCCUUUCCCCUUUGUACUCACACUCUGGCCUGCAGAUGACCUUUCCUGUCUCAGUGGGAUGGGGGGGUGGUGCGGCUCUGGAAUGCUCAGUGAUGUCAUCCUUGAGAGUUGAGGGUUAAAGAUUUGUAAUCUGCUCACAGGUAGGUUACACACCUCACAGUUAAAGGUCUAAAUGGUAGAUGGGCAACUAUGCCUCCCUCAGAGCAGUGUCAGUGCCAUGGGCCCUGUGGUCUGACUUCCUGUUGGUACUUCCUGACCUGGUUCUUACCUGCUGGAAGACUUUUUAGAAAAUUCCUGGCCACUCCUCCUUCCCUUUGUUUUGGAUAUCCAUGUGUUAAUGUAUGUGCUUUUAUUCUGAAGUUCUAACAUUUGGGACCUUGCUGAUCCUGUAGAGACUGCUCCUCCUAGAGCUAGCUGAUUCCUCCAGAUAAGUUUCCCCACUGGGUGUGCCUUUUAAAUGCAAACCAGCCAUUCCAGAGUCCAGACCCCACUACUACUGCCUUUAUCAAGUUCUCAUGCUUCAAGACCCUUCCCUAGAUCCCAGGAAACUAAGGACAGCCCCUGCACUCUGAACUGUGCUGAAAUUAUCCCAGCUAGCUAAUCCUAAACCUACUUAGCCUGCUUGCUUCCCCUGGCCCACUGCUCCCAGUGAAAAUGACAACACAGUCUUUGCCUACACUUCCCGCCUCCAUCCUUUUGCCGCUGACUCCACACUAGUGCGUCCCCAUGUGACCCUGUGGAGCAUGGCGUGACCUCAUCUUACAGAACUGUAUUUCUUCAACGGCAAUCAUCUGUUGGCCUCAUAUCAGGAUACUAAAUCCUACAUUUUAAAACUGCCUGAAAGCGUUAAUGAGAGGAUAAAUACUAGGAAUAUAACAGAGCAAAUCAGGCAUUUCCAGAAACCAGGGUGUCAGUGCACCCAGCCAGAUGCAAUCUUUAAAUUGGAACGGUGUGGAGAGUCCUGGACAGAGGAAAGAACAAUGCCAAGGAGAGGCUGUCCAGGUGAGCAAAUAGCAGGUAUUUGACAGGCCAAGGUGUUAGUAAGAUGCCACUUACCUCCACCCCCAGGUGUUUGUCUUUUAGAAAGAUGGUUCCAGAUUCCCUUCUCAAAGUCACACACUUCAGACAAUGACCAAGUGUGGCUAACUGGGGGCCACAAAUUCAUUAAUGACAACUUCAGAUAGUCUCCCUGUAUGAUUCCAACUUUCUGAGAGGUGAAGGAAGAAACGCCUUUCUGUGUGCUGUCUCCCGAGUCCUGCUACAUCAUUUGUUUUCUUGUUCACCUCCUGGUUAACAGGCAUCCUCAUCACUUUCCUCCCUUGUCCCUUAUGGCAUCUGUAGCCACGUGGUCUUUCAACCUUUCUGCUUAUUAUUGCUCAUUCUAGUUCCAUUUCAUGCUCUUGAUUUUGGGUAUAAAUCUUCAUACACAUCUGAUGUGCUCUCCUCAUUUUCUCUCUCCUUGAAACCUGAAAUCACUUAAGCAAUCGUCAACAUUUUCCCCAUCGUAGUCUGCCCAAUGUUUGCUGUGCCUGUGAUCUCAGCUGCCUAAAGCCUCCUUCUCAUCUGCAUGUUCUUUUGUCCUUCACUCUUUCUGAUUCGUCCUCCCACAUGGCCUUGAGUGUCAGGCACCACUCUCUAUCCCACAUCUCACUUCUUUAUUCCUCCCUCUCCCUUUAACUGAGGAGUCCCCUUGGACCUAUUUUCCUUUCCUUGCGAUUAUUGCACUUCACCAUUACCUCUUCUAUUUUUCUCCACUUCCCAAGCCUCCCUACAUUGUGAACCUCCUUGGUACAGUCCCACCCUCUACACCACUCUGGGCAAGGUUGGUGGUGACUCCCAUGUUUAUAAAAUUUAAGCCCUUGGUGCUUCCCUGGUGGCGCGAUGGUUGAGAGUCCGCCUGCUCAUGCAGGGGACGCGGGUUCGUGUCCCGGUCCGGGAAGAUCCCACAUGCCGCGGAGCAGCUAAGCUUGUGAGCCAUGGCCGCUGAGCCUGCGCGUCCGGAGCCUGUGCUCCGCAACGGGAGAGGCCACAACAGUGAGAGGCCCGCAUACCGAAAAAAAGAAAAAAAAUUUAAGCCCUUGUCUUUCUUGAGACUGAACUUGACCCUGUUGACCCCUCCAUUCUUGAAAUACUCUUUUUCUUUGGUUCUGUAACAUCAGUCUCCUGGGUUUCUCUCUCCCUCUUUCUUUUUUUCUAACUUGCUAACUCAUCCACUUCUAGUCACCCAUUCAGUUUUGAAAUUUCUAAAUACUUUUCAUAGGCCUUUUUCUCACUCUGUGGUCUCUCCCAAGGCUUCAUCUGCACCCUUGGCUUCAGUUAUCUUCUUUACUUUGAACAAAUUGAAAUUUAUUUUCCCAGUCCUGACUUAUUGGAGCUCUAGACCCGAACCCCUGAUUUUCUUCUUACUGUCCCCACUUGGAUGUUUCAAAGAUGUCUCAUUCUCCACUUGACUUUUUAAAGAUUCCUAAAGUGGCUUCCACUUCUCCCUGAUUCUGAUCUACUUUUAUUUUUCUUAAAGAAUGAGAUAAGGCCAUGUCUUUAUUUUUUUUAUUUUUAAAUCAAAUAUUAAGUUUUUUAAAUUUAUUUUUGGCUGCGUUGGGUCUUUGUUGCUGCGCAUAGGCUUUCUCUAGUUGCAGUGAAUGGGGGCUACUCUUCAGUGCAGUGCACGGGCUUCUCAUUGCGGUGGCUUCUCUUGCUGUGGAGCAUGGGCUCUAGGCAUGCGGGCUCAGUAGUUGUGGCUCGUGGACUCUAGAGCGCAGGCUCAGUAGUUGUGGCACACGGGCUUAGUUGCUUGGUGGCAUGUGGGAUCUUCCCGGACCAGGGCUCGAACCCGUGUCCCCUGCAUUGGCAAGCGGAUUCUUAACCACUGCGUCACCAGGGAAGCCCCUGAUCCACUUUUAGUCUUGCCUCUACACUACAUGGCACUGUUUGGUUACCAAGGAUAGAAAUCCCAGGGGACUUCCCUGGCGGGCCAGUAGUUAAGACUCCAGGUUUCCGCUGCAGAGGGCACAGGUUUGAUCCCUGGUUGAGGAACUAAGAUUCCACAUGCCACGCAGCAUGGCCAAAACAAAAAAAUCCCUUACUCAGCCUGGUUACCUCUGUUUCCUCAUCCCCCACAUGCAAAGUUGCCAGUUUUGCCUCUUUAAUGCCUCUCAAGUCUAUCCUCUUCUCUGUAAUCCACCACUUCCUUCCUAGACCAUAAUACCAUCAUUUAUCACCUCUAAUUCUGUUUAGUAAUUAGGUCUUGUUUUACCCGUUUCCUCUUCAAUCCAUUCUCCACAGUGUAACCAGAGAUGAAACUCAGAUGAUGCAUCUCACUCCCUGCUACCUGCCCAACACACACACCGUUAAAGUGUUUCAUGACUUUCCUUAACUCUUGGGAUAAAAAGGGAAUCCUUAACAUAGCCCGUCCAUGGGGUCUUACCUGGUAAGGGAUGUGCCUAAUUUACUGCCUUUUCUCUUGCAUGUGUCUGACUGCUCUUCUCUCUCCACUUCCUGUUUCCGUUUCUUUUCAUUUUCUCCCCUUCUCUAGGGCUCUUCCUUACCCACUUUGGCUAGUGAGUGAGUGCUUAUCCUUCACAUCUCACCUCAAAUAGCACUUCCCUAGGGAAGCCUUUACCAGAAUACCCACCUAGGUCAUAACUUUUCUUUUUCAGGGAAACUUUCAUGGUUCUUUGCUGCCUAAGACCACCUUCAGGCUUGGUGGUUUGCUAGGAGGAUUCACUAGACUCAGAAGAGCUGUGAUACUCAUGAUGACAGUUUAUUACAAUAAAAAGACACAGACCAAGAUCACCAAACGGAGAAGGCACGUGUAAUAAAGUCCGGGAGAAACCAAGCACCCCUUCCAGGUGAUCCCUCCCUGUGCAGUUCACAGGGACUCAAAUUUCAGCAAAGAUGUGUGACAACAUGUUCAGUUAUCGCCAACAAAGGAAGGUCACCCAAGCUUCAGAGUCCACAGAUUCCUUUACCGAGGCUCGCAGCGCCUAAGUGACCUACCAUGGAUACUCGGGAUCCGCAGAAGGCAAAGAUGUAGUGCUGCCUCAGGCAAUACAAAGCCCACCCUUCAUCAUGAGUCACAUUGUUAGCAUAAAUUAUCUGGUCAUAAUGAUACAGUGGGACCUACAGGCGUAAGCAUAAAAAUCACUCUCACUAGUCAAGAUAUUCCAAGGACUCAGAAGUGGUCUUCCUGGAGCUGGUCAAGGGCAAGUCCUUAUUUUUUUCUUUCUUUUUGCCACACUGCACGGCUUGUGGGAUCUUAGUUCCCCAGCCAGGGAUUGAACCCAGGCCCUCAGCAAUGAAAGUGUAGAGUCCUAACCACUGGACCACCAGGGAAGUCCCCCACAGGUACAUUUUAGAACACGUUCAGGUGCAUAUUAGAACCUCGUUACUAUGGCUGACAAAGUUUACACAAUUUGCCUCCCUUUAUCUCUCCAACUUACCUCAUACCACUCUAACCCCUGAAGAUGCAGCUCUAAGCCACACUAGCCUUGCUUUUCUGCAAACACCCCAAUACACUCCGAACCCAGGAAUGUCUUUCUCAAAGACUAGGAAUCCAUCUCUUUGAAAUGAAGACAUCAAAGGAGAUAGCAUCCCUACAUCCCAGCUUCUGUGGGAGGGUAGGAGCCUAACUUUGACAGGCACCUUGCUCCAAGUAGCAAAACUACCUCUGUCAUAAAGAAUUGAGAAGUUAGUUUUCCCUUCUAGAAAGCCAAUGUAACAGCAGAUAGUCACCCCAAUUACCAGGUAAAUUUAGGAUGAACUAUGUGUAACAAAUGGUGCUGUCAAUACUUGAGAACUAAUUAUUGUUUGAAAAUGUAUGUAAUGGGUUGUGUCUGUUUGGCUAUAUGAAAGGGUGAGUUUUAUUCUUUGCAAUCUCUUAGCAGCUGUGCUGUGCAUCACAUUCUGGUUUAAUGCUUAUACAAUAUUAAACUAUUUUAUUUCUCUACUAUCUUUUCGGAGAGGUUUUUCUGAGUUGGAGAUUUUUUCCUUUUUAAAUUUCCCCACCAAUUCACACUAUUACCUGUCUAAAAGAAUUCAAUUGCAAAUGUUUUUGAAAUUUCUGUGUAUGCCAAACAAAUAAAUAUGGGGGAUGGUUUUACUAUUUGAGACCCAGAAUGCAAACUGAUUACUGGGUCCAACAAAUACACUUGACCCUUGAACAAAAGGGGUUGAACUGCCUAGGUCCACUUAAGGCAGGAUUUUUUCAAUAGUAAAUGCUAUAG